CUUCCUGGGCCACCCUCUUUGGCCAAACCUAUGAGUCUAAGCAGUGGCUUGCAACAUCCUGUCUCGAAUGACCCUUUUGCUUCCAUUUGGAGUGAAAGCUGUUAUGCUUUUUAUUACCAUCUUCAGCCGUCGCAAUGUGAGACACCUCGGGCUGCGAACGCAUCAACAUAAUGAUGGCCGCGGGGCAUUUAUACCCAACGCAUUCCACUACGCUACCCAACCUUGGCCCAACUUCUCUCAUCCCUUUUCUCUCUCUGCUUAUGAUCUAUAGAUGAGAGCGACCAGAGAUGGAUUCGUUCCCAGGUUAUGAUUUUCACCAGGGCUACGAGGAGAACUUCUAUCGCCGACCCCAGCGGCGCCAUCCAGAAACGACCUCCACCAACAACCGUUCUUCCCCAUCCCCCAAGAGGCCACCGGUCUCGUCACACCCGCGGUCCGAGAUCGUCACGUCACAAAACAGGGGCCCCCGGGUAGCCAUCACCGUGUUUUCCUUGGUCGUCUUGGCUGUCAUCAGCCUCCUCAUUGCGGUGACAGUAGUCUUCUCCCUAAAGACUCCUUCUCCCUCGGGCGUGGGAGCACAAGCAAUCAUGUCGCAAGGUCAGUGGCAGCCAACUGAAUUCCAUUUGCCCUGUUCUCUCUCACUCACUCUCACUCACUCUCACUCACUCUCAACUCAUUCUCACUCACUCUCACUCACUCUCACUCACUCUCACUCACUCUCACUCACUCUCACUCACUCUCACUCACUCUCACUCACUCUCACUCACUCUCACUCACUCUCACUCACUCUCACUCACUCUCACUCACUCUCACUCACUCUCACUCACUCUCACUCACUCUCACUCACUCUCACUCACUCUCACUCACUCUCACUCACUCUCACUCACUCUUACACACACAUACACACACCCUCUUACUAGCUGCUGAGCAUCCGAAAACAGACGCACCAAUCUACCGCAAAAUAUGCUCUACUGAGUAUCUCAACUGCCAGUUCCACCCAGGCACCGUUGCUCCACCAAACCUCUUCGAGCUCCUCGGCCUGGAUCCGUACGCAGCACCGUUCCAUCCGGCUGCAGAAGGCAACGU